UCCUAGCCCAAUGGGGAGGCAAAUCUGUCUCCGUGAUUUCCUUGCUAAAUAAAGGAAAGGAAAGCAGCUAAACGAAUGCCGACUUGCAAAGCCACCAGCAAGAGACUCCUCUCUUAUCCCGUCGUCCUCUUCUCUCGCCUCCAAUAAUUCGUAACCCUUCUCCUUCCAGGCCGGGCUCCUGCUGGCCGGAGUUCCCAUCUCCCUCUUUCCUUCUCGGUUACUAUCCGUGAAGUCUGCUUGCGCCGUGUGUGCGUGUGAGACCGGACGCAGCUUAACGAUGGGGCGUGGCAAGAUAGUGAUCCGCCGGAUCGACAACUCCACGAGCCGGCAGGUGACGUUCUCCAAGCGGCGGAACGGGAUCUUCAAGAAGGCAAGGGAGCUCGCCAUCCUCUGCGACGCAGAGGUCGGGUUGGUCAUCUUCUCCAGCACCGGUCGUCUCUAUGAAUACGCCAGCACAAGCAUAAAGUCAGUGAUUGAUCGAUAUGGUCGAGCAAAGGAGGAGGAGCAUGUAGCAGACCCCAACACAGAGCUUAAGUUCUGGCAAAGGGAGGCAGCAAGCUUGAGACAACAACUGCACAACUUGCAAGAAAAUCAUCGGCAGUUGAUGGGACAAGAUCUUUCUGGACUAGGUGUCAAGGGACUUCAAAAUCUAGAAAAUCAGCUAGAGAUGAGCAUUUGUUGCAUCCGGACAAAAAAGGACCAACUCUUGGUUGACGAAAUUCACGAACUGAAUCGAAAGGGAAGUCUCAUCCAACAAGACAACAUGGGAUUACACAGAAAGGUCAACCUAAUUCGUCAAGAAAAUGCUGAAUUAUAUAAGAAGCUCUAUGAGAAAGAAGCAGAAGGUGAAGUCAACCGAGAUUCAACAACUCCGUACAACUUUGUAGUUGCAGAGGGUGCCAACGUUCCUAUCCAUCUUGAGCUUAAUAUUCCACUGCAAGAAAAUGGUGUUGAGCAACCUGUGGCUCCUAAAUUAGGGUUGCAAUUAAAUCAAUGAAGACAUGCAGGACAUUGCCUUUGUUCUCAUUGUCCUUGUAGUCUGCAACUCAAAGCAGCCUAAAAUGAUUGGUUGUAACAGGCCUAAAAACAUAGCAAGACAAAUAAAGUAUGCAUGCCAGAGACAGUGGCAAUGGUAGUGCAAAUCUAUCUCAAAUAACUUGUGUUAUAUUGAAUAAUCCAGCAAAUGGUUUGUUUUUUACACGUUAUGCAAGUUUGUUUGACCAAAAUGGUAUGUAACAUGUACAAAUUUCCAAGUGAACUUAUUGAAAAAAUUCUAUAAAGUGUGUAUCUGGAAAAUUGAACU